AUGACCUGUGCCCUUCUCUUCAGGAUUCUCCUACUCCUGGCUCUGGCUGCUUCCUCCCAAGGACACCACCUCAGCUCCACAUCUCACCUACAUUUUUCCAGGUUCCUUGGUCCAUCUGAUAACAUUUUCCUGCGCUGGGACUUUGACUAUGAGGCUGAGAUCAUCACUUUUGAGCUGAAGGUCCGGACAGCUGGCUGGGUGGGCUUAGGUGUCACAAAUCGCUAUACCAACGUGGGAGGCGAUCUGGUUGUUGGAGGAGUCUUGCCUGAUGGCAAUGUCUAUUUCUCGGAUCGGCACCUGGUGGAUGAAGACACCUUAGAGGAGGAUGGGAGCCAGGAUGCUGAACUACAAGGGCUGACAGAAGAUGCUGAAUAUACCACCAUGCGCUUUUCUAGGCCCUUCCGCUCUUGUGACCCUCAUGACCAAGACAUUACGAGUGGCACUGUGAGGGUGCUGACUGCCUACGGCCUAGAUGACACUCUGAAGCUGGUUCGGGAGCGUAUUUUUGUGAAGUCCAUCUUCCUGCUACAAAUAGUCCACCCUGAUGAUCUUGAAGUUCCUGAGGACACCAUCAUCCAUGACUUGGUGAUCACUGAUUUCCUCGUUCCAGAAGAUGACACCACGUAUGCCUGCACCUUUCUCCCUCUCCCCAUCGUUAGCAAGAAACAUCACAUCCAUAAGUUUGAGCCCAAGUUGAUCGAACACAAUGAGACAAUGGUGCAUCACAUCCUGGUGUACGCCUGUGGCAAUGCCAGUGCUCUCCCAACAGGCAUCAGUGACUGCUAUGGGGCUGACCCUGCCUUCUCUCUCUGCUCACAGGUCAUCGUGGGCUGGGCUGUCGGGGGCGAUAGUUACCAGUUCCCAGAUGAUGUAGGCAUCUCUAUUGGAACUCCACUGGACCCCCAGUGGAUCAGACUGGAGAUUCAUUACAGCAACUUUUACAACCACCCUGGUGUGUACGACUCCUCAGGGAUUCGCCUGUACUACAGCCCAAAGCUGCGCAAAUAUGACAUGGGAGUCCUCCAGCUGGGCUUCUUCACUUUUCCCAUCCACUUCAUACCCCCAGGCGCUGAGUCCUUCCUGUCCUAUGGGCUGUGUAAGACGGACAAGUUUGAAGAGAUAAAUGGGGCUCCAGUGCCUGACAUGCAAGUAUAUGGCUACCUGCUCCACACCCAUUUGGCAGGGCGGGCUCUGCAGGCCGUGCAAUACAGAAAUGGAACCCAAUUCCGAACAAUCUGUAAAGAUGAUGCCUAUGACUUUAAUCUGCAGGAGACUCGAGACUUACCUUAUCGAGUAGAGAUCAAGCCGGGAGAUGAAUUGCUGGUAGAGUGUCACUACCAGACACUGGACCGCAACUCCUUGACUUUUGGGGGGCCCAGCACCAUCAAUGAGAUGUGCCUGAUCUUCCUCUUCUACUAUCCCAGAAACAACAUCUCCAACUGCAUGGGGUACCCUGACAUCAUCUACGUCGCCCAUGAGUUGGGGGAGGAGGCAUCAGAUCCCAUGGAGGGCAUGAUGGCCAUGAACAAUGUUGAGUGGACCCCAGAGAACAUUAAGAAGGCUGAGAAAGCCUGCAAGGAGGCCCAACAGACAGUGAUAAUAAAGACCAUUGACGAGGUGGUAGAAAACACAACAGGCUGGAUUCCAGAUAUUGUCCCCACUCCUCGGGGACCCUGCUUAGAAUCAUCUGGAGGCAAAGUGGAACCGGAAGACAAGACCCCUGCAGGCUUCAGGGCUGCCUCCGUGACCCUCUCAGACUCAAGCAGUGCCACCCUGAGGUGCCUCCCUCUGGCUGCCCUUUUGUUUGGGCAGGGGGCCCUCUCAUGGCUCCUUGCCAGCCUGCAGGCUGGAGUCUGAUAUUGUCUCAUCUCGUAUGCUCAGGCCUCUCUCCCCUUUGCCCUCCCCUGACCAUCAGACAUGGAAACUUCUUCCUGCUUUAGUCCCCAAAGAAUCUCCCUUCUGUGCCCCUCCCCAUGACAUUGCAGGCAUAGGUAUUAUUACAAAUAUUCCACAAUCACUCUUCUGUGACCAGCUAUCCAAUUCAUUCUUUAAAGUUUUAGAAGCACUGGCCAAGACCACAUGUUUUGUCACAAAAUCUGUAUCCCAGGCUGGGUGGGAGGUAAUGGAGCCAUUCAUUCUGGUGCCCCAGUUCACUUAAGGGGAUACCACAUGGGGAGGAAGGGGCUUGAAGAGGGAGGAAGAGCCCUGUGAAACCUCCUGAGCCCACAGAUGGCCCUUCCCCUCCAGCCCAAGGGGAACUUUGUUUCACUUUCCUUCUGACAUCCUUGCCCAGCCAUCCCUGUGAGGCAGAGGCAGCAAGGCACAUGUGUGGUAGAGAGUGGAGGGUGAUUUCUGGUGAAUUGAGGAGCCCUGUUAAUAAGGAAGAAAGCAUAGGAUAUCAAAUUAAAUAGAACUCCUCUCACCUCCUGCUGCCAUCUCUUUCCUUUGAGACUUUGGUCCAGGAGAGACCACUGGGAGGUCUUUUGACUUGCUCAGUAUAAGGCAUCCAGAGAGCAUUUAAGGACCUGAUUGCCCAAAGUACAAAAUUUAAUGCACAGUCCUUGUUCCCUGUGCCUCUACUAUCAGUGAUCUUUAUCUCACUGAGUGUUACAUCCUCAACACUGAAGUUACCAAAUGUCAAAAGCCUACCUGGUAAGCCAGGCUUAAUUGAGCUCCAAGGAAUGGAGCAAGGUUGAGAGAGGUGGUUCUCAGCUCUGGAGCCCAGGGCAUGUCAAGGAGGUUAACAUGGAAAGAACAGAGAGUAGAUAUAAGUGGUUUCUGGAGUCCAGCUACAGUCCUCAGCCACAGUUGAUAGGAAAGGCCAGGGGUUGUGGCUGCUCUGAGAGCUUCUGGAAUAUUUCCAUCUUCCAAACUUGAGAAGUUUGGUACCACCCUGUCCUUAAAGAUUUAAAGUCAUCAUGCUAGUCUAUGAAUUUCUCUGUUUAUUGUCCAUAUCCAAUGGAAUGGAUCCCUACUUUGUUUUUAUACCAAGGUUUUUGGAGUGAUUGCAAUCCCCUAGAGACCAGGAAUACGGCCUCAGCAACUUUCUGGUCGAUCUUGGAUGCAUAUUGGAAAUACCUCCAGAGUUUAAUGAUCUACUAAUGCCUGGGUUCUACCCUCACUCAGAAUCUAUAGCCCCACUCAGGUGAUUCUAAUUUGCAGCCAAGGUUGAGAGUCAUGGUGUUAGUGACUCUGGGGAGCAUUUCUGCUGCAUCUCAGCUGGAAUUUAGACACCGAAGAGAACCCUACCAAACAGGAAGAGGAGAGGAACUGGGAUUCAGGCUUGAUUAAAGGUCAAGA